UCUUUCGUCGCUAAAGAGAUGGGCAAGGCCCUGUUGUGUCGUCAGCCCGCGGCCGCGCCCGCUGCUAUAAAAUCCUUCGUUUUCUUCCCCAACCCUGCAUCGUCCCGUUCCCUGUCGACCACCUAAAGCAUUGGACUUGAGACUUCAGAGAGAGAGAGAGAGAGAGAGAGAGUCGCCAUGGCUGAGCAAGUAUGCCGGAAAAAAGAGGCCAAGCCGAUACGAUGCAGGGCGGCCGUGUGCCGGGAAGCAGGGGAGCCCCUGGUGAUAGAAGAGGUGGAGGUGGCGCCGCCGAUGCCUCACGAAGUUCGGAUUCGAAUCAUCUGCACCACUCUCUGCCACACCGACCUCACUUUCUGGAAGCUGAAAGACCCUCCUGCUUACUUCCCAAGAAUUUUCGGCCACGAAGCCGUCGGGGUAGUUGAGAGUGUGGGGGAGAAGGUGGACGAGGUGGGGGAAGGCGACGUGGUAGUCCCGACAUUCAUGUCGGAGUGCGGAGAAUGUACAGACUGCAGAUCGGAGAAGAGCAACCUGUGUUCGAAGCUGCCAUUCACGAUCUCUCCAUGGAUGACGAGGGACGAGACCAGCAGAUUCAGGGACCUCAAAGGAGAGAUUUUGUACCAUUUCGCAUUCGUCUCCAGCUUCAGCGAGUACACGGUGGUGGACGUCGCCAAUGUCACGAAGAUCGACCCUGCAGUUCCCCCAAACAGAGCAUGCCUCCUCGGCUGCGGCAUCUCCACGGGAGUUGGAGCUGCGUGGAGAACAGCAAAAGUAGAGAAAGGAUCAACGAUUGCAAUCUUCGGCCUGGGGGCAAUUGGAUUAGCGGUUGCAGAGGGAGCAAGACUCUGUGGAGCUGCUAGGAUUAUUGGUGUGGAUGUCAACUCAGACAAAUUUGAAGUUGGUAAGAAAUUUGGACUGACAGACUUUGUAAACCCUAAAGAGUGUGGAGAUAAAAGUUCAAGUCAAGUGAUUACUGAGAUGACCGAUGGGGGCGCAGACUAUUGCUUUGAAUGUGUAGGCUUAGCAUCCUUAGUACAAGAAGCAUUUGCUUCCUGCCGCAAGAGUUGGGGGAAGACGAUUGUCAUAGGAGUAGAUAAGCCCGACGCACAAUUGAAUUUGAGUUCUUUAGAUUUACUCACGAAUCAAAAAACUCUCAUGGGAUGUCUCUUUGGUGGACUUAAAGCUAAAUCUGAUAUUCCAAUCCUCGCGAAACGGUAUAUGGACAAGGAGCUGCAGUUGGAUGAAUUCGCCACGCAUGAAGUGAAGUUUGAAGAAAUAAACAAAGCUUUCGAUUUACUUCUCGAGGGACAGAGCCUUCGUUGCAUUAUUUGGAUGGACAAAUAAGUCGAAUCUCUAUAUUUGUUUCGACAUAUUUACUUUUUUAAAAAAAAAUAAAAGGUCAUAUGGUUGCACCCUCAAGUACUAUAAGGAGAUUGGCACUGUUUGUAAUGGAAUAAAAAUAUAGUCAUGAGUGAUUUAAUAAAAAUAAAAAAAUCUUAUGCAAAUAUGUAUAAUGAUUAAAGGUUGUAAUCUCAUUUUAAAAGUUUGAAAAACUUUGAGAAUAAUAUUUUAAUAUUCUAAA